AAUGUGGUACCUUAUAAAAAAAUUUUACCGAAGGAAUUAUAUAUGGAUUUAUUAAAAACUUAUUUGGAUCCUGAUGAUGAACCAAAUGAUAAACCAAAACCUCGCAAAGGGAUUAACAAUAGUUUCAAACUAUCAUCAGAAACAUCAUUACAAUAUCAAGUAUUUAUAUUUAUAAGAAAAUUUAUGUAUAUGAAGUAGAAAAUCAAAAGAAUUUUACUACAUCAGAUGGUACAGGUAGUGAUGUUUGGAUUAAGGAUUUUUCUAUAUCAGAUGAUAUAGUUGUUACGGAAGUUGGUGAUGAUGAAGUUCCUAAAAAUUGGGAGGAACAAUUAAAAGAAUUUACAUAAUUCUAAUGUUUGUCUUGCAACUGAUUUUUAGAGGCAGAGUGAUUAAUAUUAUACCGAGUGAGUUCAGGUUUAUUCAAGCCUCCAAGAGUUGGUGUUUCUAUAAAGAGAAGUUUCAAAAGGAAGUAGUCUCAGUACUCUACAAAAAAAAUCGGUGUCCCACAAAAGGAAAAAAGUCCUGCCCCGCGUCCCUACUAAAAGAAAAGAGAUGACAUCCUAUAAAAAAAAGAAUUCCUGUUCCAGCACUCCCAUAAAAAAAAAGUCAUGAUGGUUGACUUACAAAAAAAGUCAAGCAUGCUACAAGAAAGCAGAAAAAAACAGAUAAAAUAUAAAUAAAAAAUUUUUUUUUUUUA